GCGGAAGGGUCCUUUCUUUAAUUAGAGUAAAGUUCACGGACGAUAUUUGACCUGUCAAAUAUUGCGCCUCAGCUUUUGAGUUGAUCACGUCCACAUCAGCAUGUUUGCACUAAAGGCAUUAAGGGGUUUUUCUCCUGCGACGACAAAUGUUUAUUUGCGGAGUAAACAGGCGUUUAGCGUGACUAUGUCGAGAAUGCAGCAUGUGGAGGUCCAGCAUGGGGAAACAGCAGCACCCUUUCGACCAGAAACGUCCAUGGCCAAGACACUGAUGGACAUCGGCACCAGACGGAUCUUCUUAGAGGAGCAUGACCUGUUCCGUCAAAAUGUGCGGCGGUUCUUUCAGGAGGAAGUUGUUCCGUAUCACGCUCAGUGGGAGAAGGCUGGUGAGGUCAGCAGAGAGGUUUGGAAAAAGGCCGGAGAACAUGGAUUGCUGGGAAUAUAUACACCUGAGGAGCAUGGAGGAAUCGGAGGGGACCUCCUGUCUGCUGCUAUAGUGUGGGAGGAGCAAAUGUACUGUAACUGCAGUGGUCCUGGGUUCUCUCUUCACUCUGAGAUUGUAAUGCCUUAUAUCAGUCACUAUGGCUCUAAGGCUCAGAUCGAGGACUAUAUUCCACAGAUGACUGCUGGGAAAUGCAUCGGGGCCAUCGCUAUGACAGAACCUGGAGCCGGCAGUGACCUUCAAGGAGUGAAGACAUUUGCAAAAAAAGAUGGAACUGACUGGAUUCUUAAUGGAAGCAAGGUGUUCAUCACUAACGGCUGGAUGAGUGAUGUGGUGAUUGUUGUUGCUGUAACUAACCGUGAAGCAAAGACAGCAGCUCAUGGAAUCAGUCUGUUCCUGGUUGACAGCGGCACUAAGGGCUUCCAAAAGGGCCGCAAACUGGAGAAGCUCGGACUUAAAGCUCAGGAUACAGCUGAACUGUUCUUUGAGGAUGUGCGUUUGCCCGCUGAAGCUUUGUUGGGUCAGGCCAAUAUGGGAUUUUAUUAUCUGAUGAAUGAGCUGCCACAGGAGCGCCUUCUUAUAUCAGUCAUGGCUCUUGCCAGCUGCGAGUUCAUGUUUGAAGAGACAAGGAACUAUGUGAUGCAGCGGAAGGCGUUCGGCAAGACCAUCGCUGACCUGCAGGUGGUGCAGCACAAACUGGCUGAGUUGAAGACAGAAGUCUGUGUAGGUCGAGCCUUUAUUGACAGCUGCCUUCAGCUCCACAGUGAGAAGAAGCUGGACUCAAGCACAGCGUCCAUGGCCAAAUACUGGGCCACAGAUUUGCAGAAUAGUGUUGCUACUCAGUGCCUGCAGCUUCACGGAGGAUGGGGCUACAUGUGGGAGUAUCCGAUAGCCAAGGCCUUUGCAGACUCCAGAGUUCAACCCAUCUACGGUGGAACCAACGAGAUCAUGAAAGAACUCAUCUCACGCAACAUCGUUAGUAAAAAAUAAAUGCAGGGAAUAUUAAAAAGAUGAGGGUUUGAUUUGGUGCCUCUUAUUUCUGUAGCUGGAGCUUCACUGAUUGUUGAUUAGAAAAAUGAUCUCAGAUGAGUUAUUCAACGCAUACAAAAUGUUCAUGUCAUGUGAAAGUCUGCUUAUAUCAUAUGAUGUCUGCAGAGAGAAGGUCUCUUCUGUUUGUGAUUCUGUGCUGUAUGUAUGGAUAUUUUAGCACCACUAAAUGCAGAAAUGUGUAAACAUCAGAUGAUUUGAUUGUUUUGAUAUGUGAAUACCAACUUUGUAUACUACUAAAUCUUUAUAAAGAUAUUUCUAAAGAUG